UUUAAACUUUCCAAAUUUUCUUGAUUAAGCCACUAAUUAUAAUAAAAUGAGUCUUUUACAUUCUUUUUUUGUUCUUUUGCUAACUUUCUUCAUGUUGGAAACUCCAAUUCAAGCUCAAUAUUCUAAGAAGAAUAGUUUAGUUUCUGCCAUUUUUAUCUUUGGAGAUUCAACAGCUGAUCCUGGAAAUAAUAAUUAUAUAACAACUCCUUUCAAGAGUAAUUUCUCACCUUAUGGGAAGGAUUUUCUUAAUAAUGUUCCAACUGGAAGGUUUACUAAUGGAAUGCUUGCUAAUGAUUUCAUUGCUAGGUAUGUUGGUGUUAAAGAAUAUGUGCCUCCAUAUUUGAAUCAUAGUUUAAGUAUUGAAGAAAUCAAGACUGGAGUUAGUUUUGCAUCUGCUGGAACUGGAUUUGAUCCCCUUACACCAAAAAUCAGUAAUGUGAUCUCAUUAUCAAAGCAGCUAGAAUAUUUCAAGGAGUAUCAAAAGAAAAUGGAAGCAUCUAUUGGGAAAGAGCAAACACAAAAUUUGAUAAAAGAAGCAUUGUUUUUAAUUAGUGCAGGCACAAAUGACUUUGUUGUCAAUUACAACACACUUCCAAUUCGUAGGAAAAACUACACACUCAUAGCCUACACUGACUUCUUGUUGCAACAUGUUCAACUCUUCCUCCAGGAAUUGUUGGAUCAAGGGGCUAGGAAAAUUGGUGUGGUAGGUCUACCACCAAUGGGUUGUUUACCAAUUGUCAUCACCCUUCAAUCUGAUAAUGCAUUUUCAAAGAGAGAUUGCAUUGAUUUCUACUCUUCUAUUGCUAGAGACUACAAUUCCAAGCUCCAAAGCAAGUUAAAUGACAUGAAAAUUAGGUUUACAAAUUUGGGUUCUAAAAUUGCUUAUAUGGAUAUCUAUGGACCAUUGAUGGACAUGAUUCUAGGCCACAAAUAUGAUUUUGAAAAGGCUAACCGUGGCUGCUGUGGAACUGGCUUAAUGGAAGCAACAUUUAUGUGCAACCCAAAUUCAUAUGUUUGCCCAAAUGCAUCAAAGUAUAUUUUUUGGGAUUCAAUCCAUCCAACUGAGAAGACAUAUUAUCUUAUUUCUCAAGCAUUUGAGCCAACUAUUGAUUCCAUCACCAAAUAGUUUUACAUGUAACUUCUCUAUAAAGAAAAUUUUAUAUUAUGAGGUAUUUUUAAUUGUUGUAGUAGGUAAUCUAUUUUAUUUAUAGA